AUGAAGAUAGGCUGGCUGUUUCACAAGGUGGUUGAUGUGGUGGCUCCAGGGGCAGGAUCACUCAACGGGAGAAUAGUAAGAAUCCUGGCGGAAGUCAAAGUCUCAGAACCGCUACCAAGAGGAACUAAGCUGAAGUUGGGACAUGAGGAACACUGGAUCGAUUUUAGGUAUGAAAACCUUCUGGGCUUUUGUUUUUACUACGGACGGAUAGGACAUAAUGAAAGGCAGUGUGAAAUUAAAAAAGAGGACAUCCAAAGGAAUGCUAUGAAAUCUGGGCAAUAUGGGGAUUGGUUGAGAGCCUUGGGGGGUGGGUAUGGGGAUAGCAGGGACAUAAAGUCCUCUAGUCCUAGUAAUCCUCUCCCUGUGACUAUCAAUAGCCAAAGGAUUCAAAACCAGUAUAUGGAAGGGAGGACUAGUAAGAAGGGGGGAAGUGAACCUGAGUUAGAGUCUGUUAGAGAUAAGGGGAAGAGUGUUGGAAGUGAGGCAGAUCCUAGACCAAAAGAUAAGGAUAAUUUUCUUAUCAAUGGGGGAUCUCAAACCCCAGGGGACCAGAAUUCUCUUUCUGGGGAAGGAUCUAGCUUUGUUGUGCCAAUGGAGCUGGAAACUCCUAAAAGCACAUUAAGAGAGGAUGGUAAUCUAGUAGAGGUGGUUGUGCAAUCUGCUCAACUUAAAGUUGGUCAGGUUAAGCGACCAAAAACCUUUACUAGAACUACUAGGAGUAUCAAAAGGGGUAGUAACCUCAAUGAGGAGACUGAGGGUACUACUGCAAUUAGUAAGGGGGAGAAUCCAUCUCCUGCUUCUCAUAAAAGAAAGGCUGAUGAGGGAGUAUUCCAAGCAUCUGUUGAUUUGCAAGGAGUAGGGGGGCAGGACUCUGCUUCCAGUGCUAAUGGAUUAACAGAUGAUGGGUACAAGAUCUCAGGCAGGGCUGUUCAGAAUAAUAUGAUGGUGCAAGAGUGGUCAAUAACAGAGAAGAAGAAAAAAGGAGCAGAAGAGUGGGGUCUUGAUCAGCUUAGGGACUGGCUAAUCUCAGGAAGCAGGGCAGGAUGGCAUGAAGUUCAUCUCAGAGUGACAGAUAAGAAGCUCAGAAGGCAGAUAGUGAACAGGACUCCAUUUGAUACAGAGGUGGCAGUGAUUGCUGAUGAUAUCUUCUUGUUGUUGGACACUUUUGAUUCAUGGUCUUUUGAGUCUUAG